UAUCCAUGAUUUAAAUUUAAUAUUAAUAGCGAUAAAUAAAAGUUCACAGCGAUCGGUGAAGAGCGCGACCCCUGGCUGCAGGUCAGAGGUCACGCGCGCGCCGUUGCCAUGGAGACCGCGCCGAAGCUUCGCCGAUCGAUUAACGGAUUUGUGUGAAACGAACGCGUGAAUCACGGCUUGCGUUUGUUCCGUUAAAACGCGAAUCAAAGCUGACAUGCGACGGCUGCGUCCGAGGAAUGAACAAUUACAGGGUCAUCAGGAAGAUCGGAGAGGGCACGUUCUCUGACGUCAUGAAGGUCCAGAGUCUGAAGGACGGCAAAUAUUACGCCAGCAAAACCAUGAAACAAACCAUCAAGAGUGUGGAUCAGGCUCACAGUCUCAGGGAGGUUCAAGCCAUGAAGCGUUUGAGUCCGCAUCCCAACAUCCUCCAGCUUCACGAACUCAUUUACGAUAAAGACUCGGGAACGCUGUCGCUCAUCUGUGAGCUCAUGGAGAUGAACAUAUACGAGUUCAUUAAAGGUACGGUGCGUUUGCUGUUUAACAUCAGUCACUCAGAGGUAAACGUGCCUUGUGUUCCUCCUCCAGGCCGUCAGUGUCCUCUAGCGGAGAGUAAAGUCAAGCACUACAUGUUCCAGCUGUGCCACUCUCUGGAUCACAUGCACAGCCACGGCAUAUUCCACAGAGACGUGAAGCCGGAGAACAUCCUGAUCAAGAACGAUGUGCUGAAGCUGGCAGACUUCGGCUCCUGCAGGAGCAUCUUCUCCAGACCUCCUCACACCGAGUACAUCUCCACGCGCUGGUACCGAGCGCCCGAGUGCCUGCUGACCGACGGACACUACUCGCAGAAGAUGGACGUGUGGAGCGCCGGAUGCGUCUUCUUCGAAAUCCUCAGUCUGAGCCCUUUAUUCCCCGGCCGAAACGAGUUAGACCAGGUCAACAAGAUCCACGAGGUUCUGGGCACGCCGGACACCACGCUGCUGCAGAAGUUCAAACAGUCUCGUGCGAUGCGCUUCGAUUUCCCUCCUCGUAAAGGCUGCGGGAUCUCUCAGCUGAUUCCUCACUGCUCUGCGGCGACUCUGUCUCUGCUGCACCAGAUGUUGACCUACGACCCCGAGGAGCGCAUGAGCGCCCGCGCAGCGCUGCAGCACCCCUGCUUCAGAGACCUGCGGAUGGCCGAGAGGAAGGCAGCGAGUCUGCGGAAGGCGAUCGGAGCCGAGGGAGAGUCCAGCGGGAUCCCUGCAUCCGUGGAUCAGCUGUGGCGCAUCGCACGGCAGGGAAGACGACAGCAUCUGAAGCACGCCGGCGACCCGCUCAGCCGACGAAACGCCUCGCACUUCCCUCUGGAGCUACCAAAACUCAACGUGGUGAUCCCGACACCGAAGAUCCCUUACCCGGUGUCCAGCUUCCCCGCGCUGAGCGUCUCGCACCGCGGCUCUCUGCCUGCCAUCUCCAAGAAGUGCCACUCGCGUCUGACCAAACCCAAAGAAGAGCCACGCCACUUCAAGAGCUACUUCAUGCCUCCGCUGGAGCGCAGCCCAGACGAGUACUGAUGCCCCCGAACCGCGUCUGAGUCUGUGCACAGCAGCACACGCUCCGUCCCUUCUGCUGGUUUGAGCAGUCAACAGACCAAAAGAGUCAACAUUUCACAUUACAAAAUAAAAGUCUUCGCACACACAGAAACAUGCCGUUUUCAAACCAACACGCGCUGACAUGUGCAUGGGUUUAUUAGCGGACCGACUCAAAGCGGCACGAUACACAUCGGCCCGAAUCAGCUGACGUAACUGGAGUUUUAUUUCUUUCAGAUUGUUGGAAGCAGACUCUAUAAACACGGAUGUAACAAAUGUAGAAUGAAAGUCUGCUUUCCAUCAUUUAACCAGACGAACGAAUCUCUGUAAACCAGACGAUCUCACGGCGGAGACAGCAAGUGCCAUUCCUUCCUUUAAGAUCUCUGUGCCGCUCGUUCCUGGUGUUAUUACACAUUUUAUAUUUGCACAGAUGUUUCAUGAUUAUUAUAAACAGGAUAAUAAACGCUGGUUUGCUAUUAUUGGGAGCCACUGUGACUUUCCACAAGUGGACUUUAAAGUCUUCAAUAAAGGGGUUUUACUUUACACUCGUUGCAGAUUGCCA